AUGGCCGCGAUUCAGAAGCCAACAAGUCGUGCAGACUUCCGCAUCGCAAUCAUCUGCGCUUUGCCCCGCGAGGCUGACGCCGUCACCCUUCUAAUCGAUGAAUUCUGGGACGACGAUGGCGACGUUUUCGGCCGGGCGAGGGGAGAUACCAACACGUAUGUCACAGGACGCUUAGGCAUCCAUAAUGUUGUCCUUGCUGUACUUCCCGCGAUGGGAACAUCGAAUGCAGCCGUGGCGGCAGCCGGCCUGCGCUCAAGUUACUCCAACCUCAAAUUGGCCUUGAUUGUCGGAAUUUGCGGCGGGGUUCCCAGAAUAAAAGGCAACAAUGCCUUCCUGGGCGAUGUUAUUGUCAGCAAGACGAUCAUCCAGUACGACUACGGACGACGGUACCCAGGCCACUUUGAGGUCAAGAAAACAGUUGACGACAGCCUUGGCAGGGCGAACAAGGACAUUCGAGGUCUCCUUGCUAGUUUUGAAACGGAGUUUGGAUAUGAGCGGUUGAAAACAAAGGCUGCUGCCCAUCUCAAGCGCCUACAGGAAGAAGCGGCUCGCAAGCGACGGCGAGCGGAUUACGACUAUCCCGGAAUGACUAGGGAUAAACUAUUCCUACCGACCUACCGCCAUUCACACCGAGAUUCCUGCGAUACAUGCUGUGGCGGAUCUAUCAAUAUUUGCGAAGUUGCCGCCAAAGCUUCUUGUGAGGAAGUUGGUUGCAGCGAAACUAACCUUGUGACGAGGGAGCGUACAAGUACGGAAGGUGAUUACUGCCCGCACAUUUCCAUUGGCUGUUUGGGCUCAGGCAAUACGGUAAUAAAAUCUGGAGAGGACCGUGAUCGCAUCGCCACUCAGCAUGAUAUCAUCGCCUUUGAGAUGGAGGGCGCGGGGGCAUGGGAUGAGGUCCCAUGCAUUGUGGUCAAGGGCAUCUGUGACUAUUCGGACAGCCACAAAAACAAAAGAUGGCAGGAUUUUGCAGCGGCUACAGCAGCAGCGGUGGCAAGAGCACUACUCGAGUGGUAUAUACGUGACAAUGGCCAUGAGGCCAUACAUGGCAACUGGAAGCAGGAAGCUUCUGUAAAAGCUACCUCGGAGGGCCAGAACCAGCCAACCAGUGUAAAAUUUGGGAAACAAAACUCCGGGUUUCAAGCUGGGAUUAUUAAUGGCCCUGUCAGUGGGUUAACUUUUGGAGGAAAGUAA